AUGGCGAGUACGGCUGCCGCUCAGAAACUCAACCCGUCGCAAGCGGCGGUGCUGGCAGAGUGUCAGCAGCUGUGGGCGAUAAGUCUGACUAGGUGGGACACAGGGGGCGAGUGCGGUGCAGUGGACAGCGUUGAGUGCGACUCCCACGGCAUGAUCACUGCCAUAUACUUUGAAGACCAGCCUCUGGACGGCCCCUUACCAGACGCCAUUGGCAACCUCACAUCCCUCACAAACCUCACACUCUCAAUGACUAACCUCUCCGGCUCCAUCCCACUCUCCUUCUCUCGCCUAACACGCUUGGAGCAUCUCACACUCUCAAGAAAUCUCCUCUCCGGCUCCAUCCCGCUCUCCUUCUCUCGCCUAACACGCUUGCAGAAUCUGGAUUUGGGCUUCAACAUAUACCCUGGGAUCACAGGGUCUAUUCCCCAGGCACUCUCAACCCUCAAGAAUCUUCAACUACUAGAUCUGGGUUACAAUGCACUAACAGGAUCUUAUCCAUCAUGGUUAUCAAGUCUCAGCAAACUUUCCAGCAUGUGCGCUCCCUCCUUUCUUCCUUUCCACACCUGA